AUGGCGGACGUAGAACUACGUCUCGCUUUUAUACUUGUCUCUUGCCUUCUGCCCGUUUACGAUGCGGCGGGUGACUCUCAUCUGAUCAAUCCUAAUGGACUAGACUGUGCAAGCUUUCACUAUGAUCUAACGACGGACACUUGCUGUCACGUGGACUGUGCAGGAGGAACAUGCCGUGGGCCUGGCCCCAAACAAUGCGUUGGAAAGUGUGGCACUUGGACGGAGGCUGCUGGUCCUGUAGAAGCUAUCGAGGGGAAGGGAUUCUACUUGAAAGAUGAAGACGUUGGAACCGGAUCUAUGACGCAGGUGUUGCUCUCUGGGCGGAUAGUGGUAUCAAUCGAAAGCUCUUCACUUGCCGGAUCUAAUUACACUCACCACUGGGCUACAGAGACGUAACGGAAGUAAGUAGAGCCAA